UUUUAAUCGAACAGCUGAUAUUGUACUGUCAUUUUCAAAAAAAGCAAAUCGUAAAUGUUAAUUUAAGAGUUUAAUUUUACUUUAAGUUGAUAACAAUUAAUUUAUUUAUUUUUUAAUUUCAUCAUUUCAAUAAUAUCGGUGGUCAUAUUGUUUCAUGUGUUAUCUUUCCAUCUUGACAGUGUUAAACGUUGACUUCAAGUUUAGAUAUUUUGCUUUUUUGUAUGUUCUGCUUUGAUUGACAUCAGUGUAUGAUUGCAGGUAUUUCGGUUUAGACACUUCAGUUUAUAUCAUGGAAGAAGAUAAAGUGCUUCAUUUUACUACUUUUUAUGGACAAUCUGUUGAAAUUCCUUUCGAGCAACUGCCGGGACAGUCAAGAUCGAUUCACGAAUUUGAUAAACUUGAUAGGGUCGGAGAAGGCACUUACGGAAUCGUUUAUCGAGCUAAAGACAAAGUGAAAAAUGAAAUUGUGGCAAUUAAAAAGAUUCGCAUGGAAAGAGAAAAGGAUGGAGCCCCUAUUAGUGGAAUUCGGGAAAUCCGUAUUUUGAUGAGUGUACGCCAUGAAAAUGUUGUUCAACUUCUGGAUGUUGUUGUAGGACGUAGCUUGGAAUCAAUUUUUCUGGUCAUGGAAUACUGCGAGCAAGACUUAGCCUCACUUCUUGAUAAUAUGCAAAGCUCAUUUUCAGAAGCUCAGAUAAAAUGCAUUAUGAUUCAGCUCUUUCGUGGUCUUCAACAUCUCCAUAAAAGUUUCAUUGUCCAUCGUGACUUGAAAGUAUCAAACCUUUUAUUAACAGAUAAAGGAUGUCUCAAGAUUGCGGAUUUCGGACUGGCUCGUAGAUGCAGUGUUCCAGCUCAACCUAUGACUCCACAAGUGGUAACUUUAUGGUAUCGAGCUCCUGAAUUAUUGCUUCAAUCCAAGAUUCAGACUACGGCAAUUGAUAUGUGGGCAGCAGGCUGUAUUCUCGGUGAACUAUUCUUGCAUAAACCUCUUUUUCCUGGAAGAACAGAAAUACAUCAACUUGAAUUAAUAAUUGAUCUGCUUGGAACUCCUAAUGACCAAAUUUGGGAUGGUUUCUCUGAUCUUCCAAUACUCAAGAACUUCAGUCUUAAAAGACAACCCUACAAUAAUAUAAAACAUGUGUUCACAUGGCUAUCUGCAGCAGGUCAAAGAGUUCUCAAUUUUCUAUUCAUGUACGAUCCUACCAGAAGAGCAACAGCUGAAGAAGCUUUACAAAGCUCUUACUUCAAAGAAAAUCCUUUACCUUGUGAACCUGAAAUGAUGCCAUCUUUUCCUCAACAUCGUAUCCGUCGCGGUAAAGAUAUUAAAUAACUCAAGAAUUUGGACCUAAAAACUGUAAAUACGAUUAGUCUUAACUUUUAUAUCGAUAACUUUUCAUAUUUAAAACUCAAACUUCAUUCUUUAUUUCUCAUUAAAAAAUGCAAUUAGUAAUUAAAAUUUGUUU